AUGCACGAGGAACUUUCAAUAGAAGAAACAAACAAGUUACGGGAGAGUUUGGGUCUUAAACCCAUUCCUAUUAGGGAAUCACAAAUAUCUGUUCUGCCAAACUUUAAGCAAAAUACAUCUAGUACAUCAAAUGCAGCAAACGUCAUAAACACAACAAAUGUAUCAAAUGAAAAAAAAACCAAAAAUGAUGUCAUUCUGCUAUCAAUUGAAGAAACUAAUAAAUUGCGAAAGUCAAUUGGGUUAAAGCCCAUACCGUUAGAAACAACCUCUGAAACACAACUGCGACAUGAACUACCGCUAGAUACAAAAGUUGGCAGGGGAGACAAAGAGUUAAAGGAAAGGAUAUUGAAAGCCAAAAACGUAACGGCACAGCAUAAUAAACCUUUAAAUACCCAUCGCAAUCAACAUCGUGAUGACCAAAAUGAAACGGAAAUUGAUACAGAUUCUUGGUUGGAAAAUUUAGGGUCCUCCAAAUCAGGCGAGAUAAAUUUUGAAAAAGAGGGCCAGGUGAGCAAAAUAACAGCCAAUCGAAGAAAAGAAAAUGAUCUUGAUGCGAUUAUUGGCCACAAUAAACGUGAAGUAGGUAAUCUUCUCAAUAACGAUAUUCUCACGCUUCAGGAUACUGAGAUUUUGGAUGAAGAUGCAGAUGAUAUUUUGAUUAAUGAGAAAUUGGUGACGGAGCAUAAAUUGCAAACCAGCUUGAAGGACAGAAAGGAGGCAGAAAUGUUGAAAUUCAAUGGUCGGCAUUAUACACCAGUUGGUGAAGAUGAUAACGAGAUGAGUGAUAUCGAGGAUCUAAGCGCAAAUACGGUUAUUAAGAGAGGUAAAGUCAUUGUUUCUACUCAAGCAGCAAAUGACUCUGAAAAGGGCCCAACAGUGAACUCUGCAAAAACGAACAAAAAAGAAUCCACGAGAAAUGGAUUUGAAACAGUAAUUUCUUUUGACAACUUUGAUGGAGAAGACGGAGAAAAUAAGGAUGGCUUUCAAGGAAUAAGACAAACAAAAGAAGUCAAAAUCAAAAGAAUUAAAAGAAUCAAGAGGAGUAAGCCGUUGGAUCUGUCCAGUAAAUCGAGUCAAAGAAGGAGAGUUUUUGACCCACUUCAGCCUCCAGCGGAACGUGUUGAGAUAGAUUUGGAGGAAGUCGAUGAUGAUUAUGGCGCAUUAUUGAAUCUCAACAUGCAAUCAAGAAAUAAAAGGCGCAAGAAGAUGAGUCCUGAAGAAUUGGCGUUGCUGAUUACAGCAUCAGGCAACCAGGAUGCGGAUAAAGCGGGCGAUAAUGAAAAGGAGGGUGUUUCAUUUGUCAGAAGCUCACAUCAGUACACAGAAGAUACCGAUUGGUUUUUGAGCAAAAUGGAGCUGAAUCUUUUAAGCAAUGGUUUUGCCAAGGAGCCAGAAGUUGAAUUGAAAAAUGAGAAUAGUAACAAUGAUAAUAAUGAUAAUAAUGAAAAUAAUAAUGACGAUAAUAAUAAUAAUAAUAAUCUUUUCGACGAUCUUCCUAGCUCGUCCGAUGGAAUAGCAGGCCAAGCAAAUGAUGUGAAAGAUCUGUUGAGUAGCACUUACAAUAAGUCAAGUGUGGAUUCUACUAGUCAAAUGAAUGAUGGAGCUGGCAUGACAAACACAAAUGACAAAACGGAUACUAUAAUUGCCAUUGAAAAUUCAAGUUCAAUGUCAAGUGGUGCAGUUUUUCGGGAAACUGCAAAUGCAGCAGGAAUGAUUGUGGAAAGUGGAGCCGAGGGUAAAGAUGUGAAUGAAAGUGUGGAUGAGAAAGCAAAAUCUGGUAAUACAAAGAUAGGUGAAGAAGUGUUACAUGAUGAUGGUCCUGUAUUUAGUGGUGGUCUUGCUGAUACUCUCAAAUUCUUAAAAACCAGGAAAGUUAUUGAAUCAACAACGCAAGAUGAGGAGAGCAGCAGGAAGUAUAGAGAGCAAAUUGCAAAGAAGCAGCAAAUGUUGGCGAUGAAAAUAAGCAUUGAAAGAAGAAUACUAGAAGAAGAGUUGCAGAAGGAUAAAACAUAUAUGAAACUUUCCAAAAUUGAUCGUGCGGAAUUCUUUGAAAAGCAAUUGGACAAAAUAUUAAAGCAAAAGGGGAUCGUAAGUGAGGAAAGUGGUCGUACAAGUAGCAAUAACUAUGCUUCUUUAAAUGAUCUGAAAAGAUCAAACGCGCAAUACAGUAAGGGCACAAGGAAUAAUCUUGUUAAUAAUAAAUGGAGGGCUAGCGCAAAAGCGAGAAACGACACAAAAGAUGAUAAUGGCGAUUCUCAUGGAAUUGUUGAUUUAAAAAACGAGUCGUAUCAACCAAAAAUUACGUUGAAUUAUAAGGAUGAUCAAGGCAGAGCAUUGGAUACAAAGCAGGCAUACAAGCAUUUGUCUCACAAGUAUCAUGGAACUGGUCUAGGAAAAAACAGCAAAGGCGUCUGGACUAAAGGAAGGAAGUAG